AGGUACGAUGGCUUCCUCGUCUGGCAACGAUGAUGAUCUCACUAUCCCCAGAGCUGCUAUCAAUAAGAUGAUCAAAGAGACUCUCCCCAAUGUCCGGGUGGCCAACGAUGCCCGAGAGCUGGUGGUGAACUGCUGCACCGAAUUCAUUCACCUUAUAUCUUCUGAAGCCAAUGAAAUUUGCAACAAAUCGGAAAAGAAGACCAUCUCACCAGAGCAUGUCAUACAAGCUCUAGAAAGUUUGGGAUUUGGCUCUUACAUUAGUGAAGUAAAGGAAGUCCUACAAGAAUGCAAGACAGUAGCGUUAAAAAGAAGAAAGGCCAGUUCUCGUUUGGAAAACCUUGGCAUUCCUGAAGAAGAGUUAUUAAGACAGCAACAGGAAUUAUUUGCAAAAGCAAGACAGCAACAAGCAGAAUUGGCUCAACAGGAAUGGCUUCAAAUGCAGCAGGCUGCCCAACAAGCCCAGCUUGCUGCUGCCUCAGCCAGUGCAUCCAAUCAGGCAGGAUCUUCUCAAGAUGAAGAUGAUGAUGAUGAUAUCUGAAAUUCACCAGCUGAGUUUGUGUUUCUUCUAUAAAUGUUUUUUCUUGCACAACAAAACAGUGAAAGAAAUGCUUAUCUGUAAUUUUGUAUACAUCUUGGUGGACUUGCCAAUUGGUAUUCUAGGGAUGUCUGCUGUUAAGUUUCAUCUAUUGUGUGCUAUACAUGUAAAAACUGUAUCUUUGAACUAUUGAAAAUUUAAGGUUCAGAAUAUCAAUUUUGAAUUUUUAAUGGCGUUUAUGAAAUUUUAGAUAGCAGUGAGCCCUUUAUUUGAUCAAUAAACAGUGUUACAAAAACUUCAAGUUUAUAAAAAUACAGUGGAAUUUAUAAAGAAGUUCUUAAUCUGCA